AAGCUUCCCAGUUAUUAAAGGUCAGUCUUGGAUUCAGGGGAUAAAAGGGCUUAAAAGUGAGAUUUGGAUCUCUGUUAGCUUCCUAUUGCUACAGAUCAAGGCAGCCAGUCCAGCAGGAUGAUCCUCACUCUCUCCCUGGGCCUCUUGGUCCUGGUGCACAGUGCCUGGAGUACAUCUCCCCCAGGUCAGGUCCAGCAGCCUCAUCCUCUCCUCCUGGAGCCCAGCUGCAAUGACUCUCGAGUGUUGUCUGUGGCGGGUCUUGCUUUGGAAAAGAUCAAUGAGGACCGGAAGGAAGGCUACAUCUUCAGCCUCAAUCGAGUGGCUAAUGUCCAAGAACAUCAUCAGGCAGAUUCAGGCUCCAUGUACUACCUCACCCUUGAUGUGUUAGAAACAAACUGUCACGUGCUUAGCAAGAAACACUGGAAGGAUUGUAAGAUGGCGCUGACACACUAUUCAGUUUAUGGCCAGUGCAAAGCCAUAUUUUAUGUUAACUUGCCAAGAAGAAUUCUCUACUUACCUGCCUAUAAUUGCACCGUUCGUCCAGGUGAGGUAUUUUUCUCUCCCCUCCUGACUUGUCCCCAUUCCCCUGUCUCUCUACACGUUCCCUUUCCCUUGCCUCCUUCCUCUUUCUCCCUGCCGUGGUUAAUAGGCCCUACCUACCUCAUGGAAUUCUUAGUCACUGAGUCACCUUGCACCGAGUCGCUGCCUGAACAAUGUCUGCAGCCACCUGCUGCUGGUGCCCAGGUAAGCUCCUGCCCAAGGAUUCUGGAUCUUCUCUUCUGGGGGGGUUUAGCAGAAAAUUGGCUAAAUCAAUCAAGAAAAAAAGAUCUUUUAAAUGAGUCCUGGUCCUCCAGGACCUGGUAUUAUCUGCUGGGAUUCUCUUUAAGGUCAAAAAGGUAAUUGAGCCUCUGCCAGAGCUUUA